AUGUCCCAUGAUCUUAUCAGUAAGGAAAAUGAGGUCAAGAAGGAAGGGAUUGUUGACUUGGAGUCAUUUGUUGAUGAGAAUAGCUCUCUACAAGGCUCUGUAGAGCAUACCGAGAAUUUGAACAGGAGUCUAAGUCCUAGAGUCGUUAAUAUGAUAACAAUUGCAGGAGUCAUUGGUACCGGAUUAUAUCUUGGUACCGGUAAAAUGUUGGCCACUGGUGGUCCAUUGAGUCUCUUGCUAAAUUACAUGAUUAUUGGUUUGGUUGUAUUUUGUAUGAUGUUGUCACUUGGAGAAAUGUCGGCACAGUUCCCCGUUAGUGGUUCAUUCACUACUUAUGCGAAACGGUUCGGUAAUGAUUCCUUGGGUUUUGCGAUCCUUAUCAACUACUGGUUCAAUGAUUGUUGUAGUGUGGCAGCCGAUUUGACAGCUUUGCAAUUGGUUAUACAAUAUUGGACAGAUUUCCAUUGGUAUGUGAUAUCGAUAAUCUUUUGGGUCUUUUUGCUAUUCUUAAAUGUUAUACACGUUAGAGUUUAUGCAGAAGCCGAAUAUUGGUUAGCACUUUUGAAAGUAGUCACAAUUGUUAUUUUUUUCAUCAUUAGUAUUAUUUGCAAUGCUGGUGUCAACAAGGAGCAUGAGUAUAUUGGCUUUAAAUACUGGAGCUAUAAGGAUGCACCAUUUGUAAAUGGAUUCCGCGGGUUUAGUUCCUUAUUCGUUAGUGCAGCAUUUGCUUUUGGUGGAUUGGAGUCUGUUUCUUUAACUGCUGGGGAAACCAAAAAUCCCAGCAAAACAGUGCCCAAAACGGUAAAGGCUACAUUCAUAAGAAUUUCAGUUUUUUACAUCUUUACUGCAUUUUUCAUUGGCAUGAAUGUUCCUUAUGAUUACCCAAACUUGCUGACAAAAAAUGUAGCUACAUCGCCAUUCACUAUUGUAUUCCAGCAAGUUGGAAGUCGUGGUGGCGGUACUUAUAUGAAUUUAGUGGUCCUUUUGUCUAUUAUAUCUGCCGGUAAUCAUGCGUUAUAUGCCGGUUCGAGAUUGGCCUACAAUUUGAGUACUCAGGGAUACAUACCAAAGAUAUUUUUGCCCAUGAAUCGUUUCCAAAUACCUUAUGUGGCAGUUAUCGUUACUUGGUUAAUUGGUGGAUUAUGUUUUGCUUCGGCUUUCGUUGGAACAGGUGAGUUAUGGGCUUGGCUACAGGCAAUUGUGGGUCUUUCAAAUUUAAUCUCGUGGUGGGUUAUUGGUGUUGUCUCGUUACGUUUCAGAAGGGGGUUGGCCAAACAAGGAAGAACUCAUGAAUUGUUAUUCAAAAACUGGUCUUAUCCUGUUGGACCUUUAUUUGUCGUAAUAUUCGGAGGAUUCAUUAUUUUAGUGCAAGGUUGGUCAACUUUUAGCCCAUUUUCAGUAAACGAUUUCUUUCAAUCUUAUUUGGAAUUAGGUAUAUUUCCCGUGUGUUUCCUAUUUUGGUUCUUGGUUAUUAAGAGGGGUAGAGAUAAGUUUGUUAGCGCCUCAGAUAUGGAUUUCGAUACAGAUCGAUAUAUUCAAUCGCUAGAGGAAAUACAGGAGGAGAAAAAUAGUGCAUCUCUAAAAGGGUUUGCCAAGUUUAAGCACAACUUUGCUGAUAAUUUCCUAUAA